GCCUCGCGGGUAGGGUGAGCCUCGCGCUUGGCACCGGUUUUGAGGUUAGGGUUAGUGACUCGGUGACACUCGGCAACGACGGUGAGUUUUCGUGCGUGCGUACGUGCGUGCGUGUGUGUUCGCUGUCGCGAGAGCGCAUCGCUCUCUCGUCGACGCGUCUCUCUCAUAGACACACACAUACGCAAAAAGGACGAGAAGCCGACGGAGAAGAGACCGUCGCGACGCGUCUCCUCGCGGUCGUUGUCGCUCGUUCGCGCGUGCGAGAGAAAGAGAGAGAGCGAAGAUCUCUGUUUAUAUCGCGCGCACGAUAUAACGGGUAAUACACGAAGGAGAGAGAGACAGAGCACCGCGGCGGGUGGCAUCCGCCGCGCGCGUCUAAAAAUAGCGACGGCGAUUCCUACGGCGCGCGUCGAGGCGGAUUCCGCCGUGGACAAGGAAGAGAGAGGAAGGGCGUCCCGACGGAAUCCUGAGAACGGGACGCGCCGAUGACACGAGGUCGAGACGCGUGACGCGCCAACGUGUGGCGAGAGAGCCGCCCCCGCAGCAGCCGGCUUCCUCGACCCUUCUCACCUUCCGCGAGUAUCCGCCGAUCUCCAGCGGCGACUGCGGCAUACCGUGAGCCCCGGAACGUGCCUCCCAGCGACCGACGCGGAUCCCGCGUUCUCGAUUGAGCGAUUCCCAGUAAGCGAGCGUCCUCGCGAGGCCGCUUUCCCGCUCGCGGCGGAGCGGGGUCAGUCGAGGUUAUCGCGAGGUUUUUCUUCUGCCGCAGUGGUAUUCCGGAGCAGCGAGUGCGGUGCUUUUUUGCGCGGAUCAACCAGGCUCAUCUUCUCGUCGCGUGACACUCGAGGAAGCCACGCCGAGUCGUCGUUAUCGUCGCCGGGCUACGCGAUGACACCCGAAGACCCUUCGUCUCGGCACGCAUCGCCGGCUACCGCGAGGUAGACGACGAAAGGCAGUCGAAGAGCGGCGUCUCCUCGCGAGAAAGAGCGUCUCCUGGUGUCUCUCGCGGAAUUGACAUUCGACCAGCGGGCGCGCAAAUGAGGCGUAGAGCGCACCGCGACACCGACGCGGCGAGGAGGACAUUACCACCGCUGGAACCGUUUGUUACGAUGGCUGAGCGCGAGCUCCAGAUGUGAGAGGAAAGAUGUCGCAGACCGCGGAUGCCGAAAGCGAGACCGGCUCCAUUUGCGACGAGGAACGCGUCCGGAAGCUGUUCCAAGCAUGCGACGGCGACGGCGACGGAUACAUCGACAGCCAGGACCUAUUGACGGUAUGCCGGGAAUUGAACCUGGAGAAUUCGGUGGAGGAAUUGAUGAGGGAAUUGGGCGCGGACGAGCACGGUCGCAUUUCCUAUCAGGAGUUCCUCAGACGACGUCUCGCGCUGCGGCCGGAAAUCGAAGCGCUCAGAGCCGGCAAGCGGCGCGGCAGUCCACAUCACACCCACACGCCGGAAUAUCUGCCAACAAGCAGCGACAACAGUCUCGGAACGGUGUCGGGACGGCACGAGAGCUGGGAAUUCGACAGCGGUGCGCGUGAUUUGUCGCCGGAACCCCACAGCCUACAGAAGCUGGUAGAGGCGGCCGCAGGCGGGACAGGAAAUAUGCUGGACCUCGCGAAUAAGUUGCACGCGGCCGCGCUCUCCUCGCUGCGCUCCGAGGUGGCCGAGCUGAAUUCGCGUCUGGUGGCGGCAACCCGCGCGCGAGAGGCCGCCGAGGCCGCGCUGGUGAGGGCGGAGGUGCAGACGGCCCGCGCCGAGCAGCGGGCGGAACAGCAGGCGGCGCGGCACGAGGAGCGGCUCACCGAGCUGCAUUCCGUCAUCGCCGAGCUCGGCAGACAGCUGGAGAGGCAUCGCGCCACAGUAAUUGCCGAGGAGGACGAGUCCGAAGUCGAAACGAGCAGGGAUGCCGAGGGUUCCAUCACUAAUCCAGUGGAGGAGAGCGAAGGCGGUGGGGACAUCCAGGGGGACGGCGAUCGCACCUUGGGCGACGCGGACUCCAGUUGCUGUGAAGACGAGAAUCGACCGGCGGAGAAUGACAGGGAACAGGACAGUCCGGCCGCGUUGCCUACCCCGGAACCGACGCAGCAAGCUGCCUCAUGCCAGAGCGUCGCCGUAGCGACGCUGCAGGAGGAGAUCACGGCACUACGAGCGGAGAUCGCGAGCUUGCAGGCGCAGUUGGCUCAUUUCAAGAGUCAGAAUCACGCCGGCAGUCAGAGGCAAACGGCGGGCAGCGAUUCGCCGCGUCGAGAGAUCAGAACAAGAGGCAACAACAGCUCACCGGAACCUCUGACGGCGCCAUGCUCGCCUCUCCUGCCGCCGUUGCAGACACCACCGACGAAGAACGUGACAAGGGAGGAAGCGCCGGUCCUAAAAAUGGCGGAGAGGGUGAGACUGAGGAGGACCGACGAGAGGCACAUCACUGGACCGGACAUCGCUAACCUCGGGGUGUGUUCCACCAUGGUCGCCGAACACCUCGUGUCGGAUCUCUUGGAGCAGUCGAACCUGCAGGAGUUGAACGGCUCUGAGAAGCAGUUCGAGGUCGAGACGGAGCGCCUGAACAGUCGACUGGAACACGCGCGAGCUAACAACGCGGUCCUCGCUCUCACCCUGCACGAGAGCAAGGCGCAAUGCGAUCGGUUGAGUUUACUGGUGGGCAAGUACGAGUCAAACGCGACGGCACUACGCCUCGCGCUCUCCUACAGCGAUCGCGCCAUCGAGGCCUACGACGUUCUGGUCGCGCUGCUGGAAAGCGAGAUCGCGCUCUCCACCGAGAGAAACAGCGUGACGAUCGAUAACAGGAGGGCCGCCGAGAACGUUGCGUAUCACGUUCUGAAUAGACUCGAAAACGACUGCGCUAAUACACUGGCCGCGCCCUGGGAGGACAGCAUGGUCUUAUCGGAUGAGUCGGAGGUAACAUGGUGCGUAGAGGACGAGCAACGACUCAGACGGCACAUUAGCAGGCUCAAAGGAGAGCGUACUAUGGUCAGGUCAACGGCGGUCGAGCUGGAGAGCGUGCACGCGGAGCCUUUGAACUCUAAGAACACCAUCUCUCUGGCGGAGGCCAGAAAACUCGAUUUGGAAACAGCCGUGCUUAUGCAGGAACUGAUGGCCAUGCGUGAGGAUAAAGCCGAGUUACGCGCGAGAGUGUUCCUCCUGGAGAAGGAACGCGCCACGAUAGAAUUGAAGUUGAACGCGCGUGACACGCAGAUUGCAGCCCAGCACGCCACCAUACAGCACCUUCAAGGCCAGCUUAGCGACGCGGAAGCUAUGCUCGCGAUGGCCACGAACAAGGACCGAGGAUUGAGCGACAACGAGAGUGAAGGAAUGGAGUCUGAACUGAUCGAAGCUCUGGGUAGGGAAGCGAGGCUGAAAGAGCGCUUACAGGAACUGAUCUCAACCUUGGACGAGGUUAACAAGAAUUCUGAACUGCGGCAUCAGCAAUCCGCCGAGCUUGUCAACGACUUGAAAAGAGCUAACGGAGCCUUGGUGCAAACCCUUGAGAAAUCCAAGAAGAAGUACCAGUCUCGGCUUAAGAAGCUGGAACAGCAGAUGCUGGGGAUGGUGGAGAGGCAUGCCGCGCAGGUAAAAACGUUGAAGCAACGCAUAACUUUGCUGGAGGAGGAGUCGAUGGGUUACAAGGGAAGCAUAGCGCUUCAGUCUCAAAGUUCUGGUGCCAGCGAGACGUCGUUAUGACAAUCGAGUGAAUAAAGCAACCGAGUAUUGAACGCGCAACGCAAGCCUAAUCAGACGCUCAUUUUCGACGUCUCUCCCACGUUCAGUCCACGACGAUUAGAAAGGCAAAACGGAGAUCGCGAACUCACGUAUUUUUUUACAUACGAAUAGUCGGCCGAAGAAGAGAGCGAGAGAAAGAGAAGGAAAGACAGAAAGAAAAGAAGAAAGAGAGAUUAAACGCUUAGCUAUUCGCUUUGUAAUUAUAUCGUGGUAUUAAAUAACGCCGCUAACACGUCCUAACGCGGGAUAAAUAAAAACUUCAGCUGGGCCUACGCGCAAAAUACGUGUGUAAAUGUGUGUCGAUGCACGAGAAACGCAAACUAUGUUAAAGCAGAUCCUUCGUUCAUCUCAGCACCGUCGUGAAAAAAAAAUUAUAAAUAAUUGUUAAUCAGUAGUGCAUCGCGCUGUCGAUUAAGUCAGUGAUUUAUCGCCGUUGUACAUAUGUAUAUUGUCAGCGUGAAAAUCCGAGUGUGAUACAUGUAUAAACCACGAUAAAAUAAAUUGUGCUUUAUUACCGAGGUCCCGCGCGGGCUUCGUAAUGCCUCUAUAAAUACUCGAA